UUUUAUUUUUAAAGUUUUUAUAAUAAAAUUUUUGAGAAAAGUUAAAUAAGCAGCCUCAUGUAUUUUAGUGGGUUUGUAGGUAGGACUGUUUAUCAUGAAGAUGUAGUAAUUAAAGAUGAUUUAAGUUUACGUUCAAUGCAAUCUCAAUCAGUGCCCGAAUUGAUUUGCGAUUUGUUAGAAGAGCUUGUUCUUCCUACUUCAAGCCAUAUAUAUUUCACCAAAAAGCACUUAUUGCUUCAGUACGAAUUAAACUCUAAGAUCACCUCUAUCAUAUGUGAUGAGCCUGGAAUAAGCUAUAAUGUGUUAGAAUGGUUUAGGGAUACUUUAUUUAUUGUUUGUGAUCUUUAUGGAAAACAAGUUAUAAAAAUUUACUCAGAAUGUGAUGGAACCUAUGAUGCUAUUCAUACUUGCUUUAAAAUAAGUAGUCUAUCUAUUGGUAAAACCAUUGCUUUGGUACUUACCCAUGAUGGAAAGGUUUACCAGUGCAAAAAUAUCAUCUGUGAAGCUAAGUUUCUACUUGCUGAAGAAAAUCUUUUAUUGCUUGAGUCUGUUUCUACAAUUAAAAAGAUAUGUUGUGGGCGAGAACAUGGCAUUGCUUUAACUAAUAAUGGCAUAGUUUAUACAAUAGGUGGAGGCUGGCGAGGCCAACUGGGUCUUGGUGUUGUUGAUUCAGCUGAUAUUUUGACUAAAGUUGAUCUUUUAGAACCUCUUAAAGUGAAAGAUAUAGCAGCAGGUGGUUGGCAUUGUUUGGUUAUUUCAGAUUCUGGGGAUUUAUAUGGUUGGGGUUGGAAUGAAAGUGGACAAAUAGGUGUUAUCAAAGAAGAUUCGGAUGAAUCUGAGGAAGAAAUUUUAAGCUUUCCUAAACUUUUAUUUUCUCCUUCAUUGGUUGACACACCCAUUGAGCAAACAUUUAUCUCAGUAUCAGCUGGCUCAAGACAUUCAUCUGCUGUAUCUAGUAAUGGUUUAUUAUUUUCUUGGGGUUGGAAUGGUUAUGGACAAUUAAUGCAUGGGGAUUUUCUUAACAAAUUGAAACCACAACUUGUCGAAAGUUUAUGCCAAAAGUCUUUAUUUAAAGUUGUUUGUGGAAAAUGGUCUACAGUUGUUAUGUAAUAAAAUAGUCUCCAGUUCUAGUGCAACUUUAAAAAAUCAAGUUCUUUUCUUUAAAAAAAAAUUAUUCAUAUGAUUUGCAUAAUGUAUAAAUUAUGUAUUAUUAAAUGCUAAAGAUUUUUAACUGUUUUGAUUUCAGUCAAGUAGUGAAAACAAUAUAGUUUUGGUUUUUUGUUGCUUU